GCCACUUCCCGCGGGGGGGUUACGCGCUGGAAUCGCAGGCCGCAGCCCACCAACCCAACAGUCCGCCGCCGUGUCUACUCCCACUGCCCACCACCUCACGGCCUCCCCCGCACCACCGUCCCCGUCGGCAUGUGAGCGACCCCCAUGAUGCUGAGCCUGGCCCGCCCCGUCGAGCUGCGCCGGGUGCCGCGCCUCAGCCGACCCCACGAGCCCAGCGAGGCGGCCACCAGCGGCGGCAUGGGGUAGCCCCGCCACGGCAACGCCGGCCUGCCUCCAGCGUGUGUGUGCGUGCGCUCCGAGCCACGAACUGCACGGAAGAGCGCCCCGGAGCCGCCAGCCAGCUCAAUGCGGCGCUCUCCAGGACGCCUGGCUGUUGCAGCGUUGGCAGUCACACUCCUGACAAUAACAAGCAGUAUGAUUGCAGGCAAGGAGAUCAAGAGCUUCAAGUGGGGCGAGCUGGACGAGGCGGAGCGCGCGCGCAUCUGCCACAACUUCACCGAGGGCGACAAGGUGCGCCAGGAGCUGUACUCGCCGCUGUACAACGGCACCAACCACUAUCCGAACAACACCGAGUGCACGCGCGUCAUUCGCGCCCCCUACAACCACAUGGUGCGCCUGGACUUCCGCGACCGCUUCCACCUGGAAGAGUCGCCCACGUGCGAGUUCGACUACCUGGAGAUCCGAAACGGCGCGUACGCCUACUCGCCGCUCGAGGCGCGGCUCUGCGGCGAAACCUUCCCCAAGCCCGUGCAGUCCGAGGGGCGCCACCUGUGGCUCAAGUUCUCCUCGGACGCCAGCAUCGAGUACACGGGCUUCAAGGCAGUAUACACCUUCAAGCCGGCGCCCAAGACCCAUGAGCCACCACCCGAAGAGUGCCUGUUCAACGUCGAAGGCAGCCACGGUGUCAUUGGCUCGGAAGACAUCAAGCCAUCCCAGCUGGAACACUCCCGCCAAAACAAGCUCCCCCUGGAGUGCACAUGGAGCAUUCGGGUGAAGCCAUCCUGGAAGAUGUACCUGACAUUCCUCGAGUACAAGCUAGCGGACCCAAACAAUUGCCGCUCCAACUUCGUGGACAUCCUCGCAGAGGAGCCUCAGCACGAGUCAUUGAGCCACUUCUGUGGCACAAUGGCGGAGCCCACCCAGUCCAAGUCGAACCACGUCAAGGUGCGCUACUACGCCGAGCACGGCGCCCUCAAGGGCGGGAACUUCUCCAUCCUCUUCACUGCCUUCAGAGAGAUCUCCAGCGGAGAGAGGUGCGAUCCGGAAACAGAAUUCAGUUGCGACGACGGCUGGUGUAUCGAUGUGAAACUGAAGUGCAACGGCCAGUUCAACUGCAAGUAUCGCUACGACGAGGAGUCGUCAAUCUGCCACGUCGGCUCAAAUGUCGGCGUGGUUCUCUCGAUGAAGCACAUGGUGGUGAUCCUGGUGGUGUUCUCGGCCUUGGUAGUUGGAAUGUGCGCCUCCAUCGGCAUAACCUGCCACAACAAGAUCCAGGAGCGCCGGCGCCGGGAGCGCGAGUACAAGCUGCGGCGCUCCAAGGAGGCUUCCGUCGAGGUGGGUCUUGACCUGUCCGCCGGAAACCUGGAGGCAGCGCUGGCGCUGCAAGCAGCUGAAAUCGGCGCGCGCCGAGCGGGUGGAAUGCCACCUAGCGCACCUACAGCGACGACUUUGGUGGGACCCACGGUGCUACGACCCGAAGACGACGACAACGGCUGCUACGUGCCCGAGGUGGACCUGAGCGUGUUCCGCAAGCACCCGAACGGGCGGCCGCUGUCGCCGGCAACGGAGGCGUAGCGCUCGUGUCCGCAGCAUGGCGACCUGCACAGUCUGCGUAGCGACAGCGUCACGCCUCCGAUCCCGCCUCCACCACCGCCGCCCCACAAAGCCCACCCUCCGCCCCGCGUCGACAUCUAUCGCUGAGCGCGACCUGCGACGACGACAGCCGCACGACACGCCCGGCGCCACCUUGCUCAACAACCGACCGGACCGUGCCAGCGCCGAGGGUCUCUCCCCUCCCCUCCCCCCCCCCUCCCCAGGGGCGACCAACCGUCGCGAGCACCGCGCUCUGCAGCGGCGGCGCUAGCCUCCUCUUGGGAAGAAAGGCAGGAAAGGUUGUUCUGCACUGCCUUGCAUAUUAACCCUGCUCAAAGUUACGGGAACCAUUUAUUCAUCCUCGACACGAGGCUGGCUUCAAGAGUAAUCGUGUGGUUGCGCGAGUGCGCGCUUCGUCGAAGAGUGUGGCGCGGUACGAUGGGCUGGCCUUCAAAGAGAGCGAUCAUCGGUGUCACGUAGGGCAGCUCGUGGCAAGCGUUACACUCUGGACACACAGCGCGAAGCCCAAGCGGUCUGCGCAUAGCCUUUCACGUUGACUCAACCCAUUGACUCAAAGCACGGUGUCGUCGGACUCAAAGUGUCACAACUGAAAAAAAAAAUGUUAUUGACUUCUCUUUUUGAA